AUGAUAAAAAUUAAGUACAAAGAUUUCAAUGGAGUGAAUAAAGGUAAAAAGAAUGGAAGAGAUCAAAUGGAUUGGUUGAACUUUUUAGUUCAUCCAUGUUACUAUACAAUUUUUGAUCUAGGGAAAGAUGAUUUAUUAAAUGAAGAAAUUCGUUUAAACUUUUUAUAUUACGCAGAAAAUUUAAAUAUUUAUGAUAAAGAGGAAGUAUUAGGAUUAUAUAAAAAAAAUGAUAAUAUUGCAAGAGAAUUAAGUUUUACAAAAAGUUGUGAAUUAAUUAAAAAGAGUUAUAAAUUAAAAAUUCCUAUAAUAUUUCAAAAUUUAAAAAAUUUUGAUUUACAUAAAAAUGAUAUAAUUGAUUAUUUGUCUAUAAGUUAUAAAUUAGGACAUAAUUGUAUAGUAAGAAAGCAAAUGAAAAAAGUGGAAAAAAAAAAUAGUUUUAUCCUUGAUAGUGAAAUGAUAUAUUCUAUGACACCUGAGUAUAUAUCAAAUAAAAUUGCUAAUAAUAUAUUAGUUAGUAACAAAAUAAAUUGUUUGAAAAUGAAGGGAAGCAUGCUGAGUGAGGGAGAAGAUAAAAAAUAUACUGAAGGUGUGGUUGAUAAAAAUGGAAUUAACAAAUUGUAUAAAGAUAAUAAAAAUAUUGUAACCAUUCAUUUAGAUCCAUUUGCUGGGGCAGGAGGGAAUUGUAACAGUAUGAAAAAUGUAUUUACAAUAGCAUCGGAUAUAAAUUUAAAUCGUUUAAAACAAUGCCAACAUAAUUGUGAAUUUUAUAACAAGAAUAUAGAUUAUAUUUUGUGUGACUUUUUUAAUAUAGUAGACCAUUUUAGAGAAGAUGUGAUCGAUGUUGUUUUUUUAAGUAUCCCUUGGGGUGGGCCGUCAUAUAAAAAAAAAAAUAAAUUUGAUUUAAAAAAUAAAGAAAAGAAUUUGUGUGUGCAUACAUGUUUAAAAGAAUCAAUGAAAUUAACAAAAAAUAUAAUUAUAUAUUUACCUAGAAAUGUGUGUAUUAAUGAUUUAUAUUUUCUUUUUAAAACAUAUAAAAGGUUAUGUACUUUGAAAAGUAAAGAUACAAAAAUAAAUUGUAUAGAGAAUGAGAAAGGGGAAAUACAAAAUUUGGGGUUUUCUAAAAAAUGUGAUAUGCUUAUAGAGUUGUAUGUAAAUAGGAAUAGGUGCACAUAUAAGGAUAUUUGUGAAAAUAAUUUAAUGAAUUAUUAUUAUUAUUAUUUUAAUAAGAAAAAGAAUAUAUAUAAUAACAAAAUAAAAUAUGAUAAAGUAAAAAAUAUGUUUAAAAUUAAUAUUGAUCAGUGUAAUAAUUAUUUGAAAGAAACUAGUGAAAUAAAAGAUGAAUGUAUUAGUAAUAAAAAAUUCCCAACUGAUGACGUAUCUUUUCAAAUAAAUGAGCCAGUUACAAAUGACAAGGUUUGUAAGACAUUCCGAAAAAGGAAUAAUACCUUAUGGAAAUGGCAUAACACUUGUAUGGUUAUUUAUUUGGGGGAUAUAUCAAAAAAAGUUAAAGAUACAAAAAUGAUAAACUACAAUUAUGUUUAUUAUAUCCACAAUAGAUUGGGAAGAGCAGUUACAAGGUUUUACAGAAAUAGUUGUAAGAGUAGUGACUAUAAAUAUAGUAACAGAAAUAUGUCUAUAUAUAGAUUAUUGUACAAUGAGAAGAUCAAAAAUGUUUUUGAUGUUAUGGAAAGUUUGGAAAGAAAGCCUUUUCACCCUUUUAAGAGACAAAAGACAAAUAAUAAUGAAGAAUUAAAGAAAAGUAAAUUACAAGGUAUUAGGGUUAUUCUAAAAAAUAUUGUUAUUUUAAAAUAUAGAGUAAAAAAAAUGUUAUAUAAAGUGGUUAGCUAUAUAUUACAAAUGUUUUAUAACAAUAUAAAAAAUUUAAUUGGGUUUGAUAAUUUUAGUUUUUUUAAUAAAAUAUAUAUUAAUUUGGAAAAAAUUCAACACAAAUUUUUAACAAGAAAAGUUUAUAGAAAUACAAAUAUAAAAAAGUAUGUAACAUAUAUAUAUUCACAUUAUAUUGACAACAAUUCAGGAUUAAAUAUGAUGAUAAAUCAUUUCAAUGUAAUUAUAAUGAAAAUUAAAAAAGAACUUAUACUUUUAUUUGGGAUAUAUUUAUAUGAUAUUAAUUUUUUAAAAUAUUAUUUUAAAUAUCAUAAAAUAAAUAUAUUAAUUAAUAAUAUGUGUAAAAAAAAUAUGGAAAACAUUCACUAUAUUAUUGUCAGACUACUUUUUAACUUUCUUAUGUAUAUUUGUAUUUUUUUAAAUAUUUUAAAUAAUAAUAUACGAUUACAAGAAUAUAUUAAUAAAAAUAUAAUAAAUAAUGGAUCUGAUGAUUUUUCAAAUUUAUUAAAAAUACCAGUAAAAGAUUUUGUCAACAUAUUUGAUAUAAAUAAGAAUAAUUUUUUGUUUAGUUUUCAAAAAUUUAUAAAAAGAAUUAUUUUACUCUCUAUUCAAAUUGAAGUUUUUGGAAAAUCUUUAACUAUGGAUAAGACUAUAAAUUGUUUUUUUCAUUUUAUUUUUAAAAAAUAUGAUAUAGAUUAUUUAUUAAAUUAUAUUCGUAAUAAUAAUGAGGAAGAAAAUAUAAAUGAGAAUUGGCAUCGAUUAUGUCUAUUUUUAAUUAUGAUUAAUUUUUUUACAAAACAAUUUUUUUAUAAUACAAAUGUAACAUCAUAUUUGGAUUAUUUUAAUUCUUUAAAUUAUUUUUAUUUCAAUAGAAUGCGUAUUUUAUCACAUGGUUGUAAAGGUUACUCAAAUUUGUUUAUUUUCAAUUUUAGUAACUUUAUGGAAAAACAUUUUUGUGUGCAAAUUUUAUAG